GCGCCGCAGCAGCGCCGCCUUCCCUGCGCAGUCGGUGUCUCCGCGUCGCUGGGUGGAACUUGGCUCCGCGGCCAUGGGCAAGCAGAACAGCAAGCUGCGGCCAGAGAUGCUGCAGGACCUGCGGGAGAACACGGAGUUCUCGGAGCUGGAGCUGCAGGAGUGGUACAAGGGCUUCCUCAAGGACUGCCCCACAGGCAUCCUCAACGUGGACGAGUUCAAGAAGAUCUACGCCAACUUCUUCCCCUACGGCGACGCCUCCAAGUUCGCCGAGCAUGUCUUCCGCACCUUCGACACCAACAGCGACGGCACCAUCGACUUCCGGGAGUUCAUCAUCGCGCUGAGCGUGACCUCGCGUGGCCGCCUGGAGCAGAAGCUCAUGUGGGCCUUCAGCAUGUACGACCUGGACGGCAACGGCUAUAUCAGCCGCGAGGAGAUGCUGGAGAUCGUGCAGGCCAUUUACAAGAUGGUUUCUUCCGUGAUGAAGAUGCCAGAGGACGAGUCGACCCCGGAAAAGAGGACGGAGAAAAUCUUCCGCCAAAUGGAUACAAACAACGACGGCAAGCUGUCCCUGGAGGAGUUCAUCCGCGGGGCCAAAAGCGACCCGUCCAUCGUGCGUCUGCUGCAGUGCGACCCCAGCAGCGCCUCCCAGUUCUGAGCAAGAGGAGCCGGGUUUCCCCUCCCCGCCGUCACUGGCCCUCUCCCGGCUCUCAGCUUCCUCGCCCUUGUGUCUAUUCCAGGCUGAGGUCAGAUUGCCAGCCCCAGGGUCUGCCCUCUGGGAAGCCUACGGAGAAAGGAAUCCUGCAGUCCCCUCAACGUCCAAGCAAGCCGGUGGUUAGCAACGCCCAGUUCAAGAGUCGGUCUCUCCCUUGGCAGUGAUAGACACAGGCUCUGGCUUGGUCUGCCCCUCGGAGUCCACCCUCCCUUACCUAGAUACCAGAACUCCAGCCUCUCCCUCGCCCCCACCAGCCAUGAGGCCAGACUUCCCUUCCCCAGCCAUGGGGCAAGCUCCCCCACGUCUACCCCCACCCUUGUAGAUCUCAGCCUUGGUGGAAUUGGGAAUCAUACCCAGGUAAGGAGCGUGUUCUUUUAUUUGGAGCCGAGAGAAAGAUUCUAGAUGUGUGGGGGUUUGAGGAAAAACCUUCCUUGAGCCAUCCUUCCUCCCAGGAGGGCCCCAACACUGCCUGCUCCUGCCCUUGUUGGCUUGGAGGCUGUGAUGCAAAAGGAAAAUCUCCUGAUUCCAGCCCCCCAGCUGUGCAUCCCAUGAACCCCUGCCUGCGUUUCAGCACUUGGAUGAACACAGAUCCACGGACCCCUCUCCUGUAUAUCUUGUCUCUCUCUCUCUCUCUCUCAAACACACACACACACACACACACACACACACACACACACACAUGCACGCAGGCCCCAGACAGAUGGGCAUAAAUACCUAGAGCCCCACCCUCUGUGUCCUGUGUGGGAACAAAGCACGGCCCCCUUGGCUGAGCCCCUCCCCCACUGCAUGCAUCCAUAUGGAGCAUC